ACGGUAUUUUACUACUUUACGAAAUCAUAUUCAAGGUAGUACCACGAAUCAAGGAUUUAUAAUAUCGUAACGGAUGGUACUGUAAAUGGUCAAAAGCUAAAUAUAUUUCCGUCUCUAUCACAUUUAACCCAGGUGAGUGAAGUUUCUUGAUAGUAAGAUAGUAGUGUUGUAUAGAGUGUUGUUCUGCUAGUGGAUUCAUUACUACCUACUACCUUUUACUUUGUGAAUGGCAUACCAUCCUUACGUUGGCGAUAUAUUCUUGACUUCAAAUUUUGGUAACCUCCUAGAUAUCGACUCGGCUAUGGACCUGUAUGGAGAUAACUUUAAGCUGCAGGAUAUGCUGGACUCUGAUAUCCGAUCUCACCUGGACAUACUUCUCACCAGUACAGGGGAUGUCACUGGAGACCAGAGUGACCACCAACCUACUUUGACAGAUCUCGCCCCAGCAGCGCCACUUGAAUCUCUGGAAUCGUUGGACAUGGAGAAUGAGCUUGGAGGGAUGGCAGGAUCCACGUGGUUAAGUCAUGGGUCUCAGCUUUUUAACUUGGGGCCAGACUUUGACAUCCCCGGAGGACUUUUGGUUAACCCUCAAACAGGAGUGCCCAUCGCCAUGCCCCAGCCUCCUACAGCCGUCCCAGCGAGCACGAGAGAAAAUCAGCCCGUAACUACUGUGCAGACGACCCAAAACAGCGAUUCAAGGACGCAACUGAUAAUGACCACCCCUUUCUCCAGUCCCCAGCAUAUAAACCAUUUGGAUUUACAGCUAGCUCAGAGUCACAACUUUCUGGAACAACCCACUCCUCGGCCAGAGGUUGUCAGCAGUCCAAAGUGCAAGCAAAAGUCCAGCAUCGGCAAGAACGGCAAAUCCACCGUGCAACAAAACAACGGGGAAAAGUGUUUCCCGAAACCGGCCUUUUCCUACAGCUGUCUCAUAGCCAUGGCCCUGAAAAACAGCAAAACUGGAAACCUCCCUGUGAACGAAAUCUAUAAUUUUAUGAUAGAAAACUUCCCCUAUUUCAAAACAGCGCCACAUGGAUGGAAAAACUCUGUCAGACACAAUCUGUCCCUUAACAAGUGCUUUGAAAAAAUUGAAAAACCAGUUAGUAACGACAAGAACCAAAGGAAAGGAUGUUUGUGGGCGAUGAAUCCAGCUAAAAUCAACAAGAUGGACGAGGAAGUUCAGAAGUGGACUAGAAAAGACCCUGUAGCAAUUCGCAGGAGUAUGGCUAAUCCUGAGAGGCUAGAGCUUCUUGAGAAAGGGCAAAUGAAAGACCUGUAUCCAGGAGAGAUUCCAGAUGAAGCCACUCUUACUUCUAGCCCUCCUGAUCAAUCAGCAGAAAUCACUAAUAGUUCUGAGGUUUCUACAGCAACAAAGACAGCAGAUUUACCUCCACUGGAGAGUCUUGACCCAUCUCUGUCAGAGCUUGACCUGCAGAAGGGUAUCUGGGAGAACCUUGGUGAUGACCGACUACAGCUAUUGGUAGAUUCUCGGAAUGUUUCUCCCCUGGCCCUUCACCCCUCUAACCAGACUGUAGGACUAGGUGUUGAGGGAACCACAUUACCAGCCUUUACCUGUGCUAGUCAUGUCUUUACUCAGACUGGUGGAUCAGUAUCCUAUAGUUUACACUGCCCUUAUCCUAACCCUAUUGGGGACAAUCAAGGUACGACAACCAAUGGUAGGUGAGACAAGGAAAGCAUUCCAACACGACACGUGGUCAUUCAAAAAAAAAAAAGCAGUGCCUUAAGACCUAGGCCAGCUGAAUGGGCAGUAGACUCUGCUUGUUGGUCAACUAUUAAGUACACCAGCUAAGUUAUUAUCUCCAAAAGAGACAGAAUGAUGAUCACCAACUGUAGUAGGCAGAAAACAUUAUUUAUUCAAAUUAAACUGUUUCUUUACACAUUAUCAAAUUUUUUAAACAAUUAAAAAAAAACCAUUAUCAUUAUCGCCUUUCUGACAGCAGAAAAGUUUUAAUAUCAAUUUAUAGCCCACCCAGCAAGUUGAACUGUCCAAUAAAAUACAUUCCUGGUGUGGCUUUAAGUACCCAGCCUCAUGCACCUAGUCAAGGAUCUCUGGGUCAAAAGACCAAAAUCUUGUGGUUAUAUUGACCACAACUCCCUUGAACUAGUCCUUCCUCCUUUUUUCACCUCUGAAUCGAGUGUGUUUCAUUUGUUUGUGUAUGUGUUUGUGUCCUAGUUCAUUUUUUAGCAGGAGAUAAGUAAAUAAUGAUGAAGCACGUGUAUGAAGAAAACGAGACCCCAAGGAAGGAUGCAGGAUUACAGUCUCCAUGAACAAGAACUAUGUUAUGUAGUUGUUCGAAAACAAACGUCCUAGAUACAGAUAUCUUUUAUAGUCACAGAAAUCGACUUUGUUGUUUCCUGGUAAACUUUACGUUAGUGUCUCCAGUAGUGUUUCUCAACUACCUACAUUCAUCAGUGACAAGGCACCAUUUUCUAGCUCUGUAUUUUAGAUGUGAAAUUGGUCACAACAUGCAUUUCUGUAAUCUGUAUAAAUGUUUGCUAAUAUUAUCCUAAAGAAACUGACUAAAUGCCAGUUGUAGUUUUAUUCUAUCUUGAAACAACUAAGGAUAAUUGUUACGUAUUAUAUCGUGAAAUAGCUGAUGAUUAUAGUUACAUAUUCAAUCUUGAAACAGCUGAGGAUUAUAGUUACAUAUUCAAUCUUGAAACAGCUGAGGAGUAUAGUUACAUAUUCAAUCUUGAAACAGCUGAGGAUUAUAGUUACAUAUUCAAUCUUGAAACAACUGAAAUUGCUUUUAUUCAACCAGUUUAAAGUUCAGAGACGAAUUGUUUGACUUAAGAGAUUACACAGUAAAUAAAAAGAAACUGUGUUUCAUAUAUAAUUAUUCUUAUAAACUUAAGUUUUCUUUUAUCUUUUUGUUUAAUUUUUUGGCAGCAAUACAACUGUGUUUUCCAUAUAUUUUGCUGUAGCUCCAUCUCUUGUUUACAUAGAUUUUUAUUAUUGGCACCAUGUGUUUAUUAAUUAUUAACAUGCAUUAUUUAGUUCUUUAAAUUUAUGUACAGAUUUUGAAAUGUCUGGAUUUAUGAACAAUCGGUUUGUUUAUAUCAAUCAUGUUGAAAAUACAUGGUUUCUUAUUGAGUUUAAUUAUGAAAUGUAAAGAAGGUUGAAAUAACCACCAACUGCACAGUUGCGAACUCUUAACUCUUUUUCUUAUGUUAUAACAUUUCUGUUUGAAAAAAAGUUGAAACAAGCCUCAAAGUAGUCCAAGAAAUGUAAAUGAAAUCAACUUGAUUUACGUAUGUCAGUAGGCUAGCGUUACUUGAACUUCGUAUCUGAAUCAUUCCAUUAGCCUCGUGUAUUCAGUUUAUCCCAAAGUCAUCACUGUGAUGUUACUACUUCACAGCAAGAUGUAAGUGUCCCCAUAUAAGGUGAAUUGUGGGAAUCUUUUGAAAGAAUAAAAAUCAUAGUUAUUGGCUUAUUUAACUCUAAGUGAAUAUUUUAAAAAUUGGAUUGUUUUGAUAAAGAACUGUAAGUCGAUAAAAAAAAUGCUUGUAGCACUGCUUUCUUCCGAGUAUUUUCGUUCUUUACACCAAAACAGUGUUUAUAGGAUACUCUGUUAGAAGAAUUGUAAUAUUUGUAAAUAGUUUGUUUGAAGUAAUUUAGUUUUAUCUAGAUUAGGCAUAGCUACUGAUGCAUGACAGUCUUCAUUAUAGAGGAACUGAAGCAAUAGAGUUAUGCAUUUUUUUUACUUGAGUGUGUUUCAGUUUUUAUACUUGAUCACGUUUCAUGUUUUGAGACUUUACCAAUUUCACACUCAGACUUCAAUAUUUUUCUAUCAGCAAGUUUCUGUAUCAACAACAGCUCUCUAUCUGAGUAGAGCAAGCCUUUUAAUGUAUAGAUGCCAUGUGAAUAAAGGGUAGUUUGAUUAAAUCUA